GCCAAAAUUGGUAAAAGGGUAUUAGUUUUGGGUUGCGAAGGCCGGUGGUGCAUUCUUGAUUCCUUUAGUUGUUCAAAUUAAUAAUAAUAGUAGUAGUAAUAACAAUAGUGUGUAGAUUAUAGAGAAGAAAGAAAAAAAGAAAGAAAGAGAGAAGGAAUGGCGGUGAAGAAAAUGAAGUGGAGAUCCAUAUUCUCCAGCUGCUGCGAGGUGGAGUCCCAGUCGUCGGAGGUGAUGAAAGUAGUGGCCGCCAAUGGUAAGCCUAGUUCCUUCCAGAGGAUUUCCAAAAUCGAUUUCACUAACCCUAACUCAACCAUCUCCGAGGAUCUUUCAAUCUCUCUUGCCGGAUCUGACAUCCACGUCUUCACCCUCGCCGAGUUGAAGCUCAUCUCUCAGGCCUUCUCUUCCUCAAACUUCCUUGGAGAGGGUGGCUUCGGCCCCGUCUACAAAGGCUUCCUCGAUGACAAUCUCAGGCCUGGCUUGCUCCCUCAGCCCGUCGCCAUUAAACUCCUCGAUUUGGAUGGAACCCAAGGCCACAGGGAGUGGCUGACGGAGGUCAUUUUUCUAGGGCAACUUAAGCACGCCCAUCUUGUCAAGCUAAUUGGAUAUUGCUGCGAAGACGAACAUAGGAUGCUUGUGUAUGAGUAUAUGCCCAGAGGAAGCUUGGAGAAUCAACUUUUCAAAAAAUAUUCAAUCCCAUUGCCGUGGUCCACGAGAAUGAAGAUCGCUCUUGGAGCUGCAAAGGGUCUCGCCUUCCUACACGAAGCAGAUAAACCAGUCAUUUACCGAGAUUUCAAAGCCUCCAACGUACUGCUUGAUUCUGAUUACACUGCGAAGCUGUCUGAUUUUGGUCUGGCCAAAGACGGUCCAGAAGGAGACAACACUCACGUCUCCACCCGAGUAAUGGGUACACAUGGAUAUGCGGCGCCGGAGUAUAUAAUGACUGGGCAUCUGACGGCGAUGAGUGAUGUGUAUAGCUUUGGAGUAGUGCUUUUGGAGCUGCUGACAGGACGGAGGUCGGUGGAGAAGAGUAGCCGUAAGAGACAACAGAAUUUGGCCGAAUGGGCGAGGCCGAUGCUGAAUGAUCCCAGGAAGCUAAGCCGUAUAAUAGACCCCAGACUUGAAGGCCAAUACUCCGAAAUGGGAGCUCAGAAAGCAGCCUCGUUGGCUUACCAAUGCUUAAGCCACCGCCCAAAGCAGAGGCCCACCAUGAGCGCCGUCGUCAAGGUAUUAGAGCCACUCAAGGAUUUCGAUGAUAUUUCUUCAGGCACCUUCGUUUACACGGUUAUGGAUCAGCCAAAUUCAAUUCAAGCCUGAACCCUAAGGUGCAGGGGCUGGUUAAAUGAAAAUCAUAAACCCCAACUGUAGAUAUACAAUUACAGAGGAUUUGGUGCGUUUUUUGUUCUUGUUCAAAGGGGAUCGUAAUUAUAAAUUAAUUGCGAUGCCAUGAAGGAAGAUCAGUUGCUUCAAUUUCCUCCUCAACACACGGAUCUAUUGCAUUAAUUAAUUUUAGUGUUGUGUUGCA